UCAAGCAAAAGAAGAUCAACAACUCCAACAAGUUCAUCCACAACAUGUACUCAGAGUCUGAUGAGCAAUCAUCCUCCUCUGGCUCCUCUGGUCUGGCUAUCCUCUCGCUCAAGGGAUAUGGUGACUACUUCAAGGCCACCUUCCAGCCAUCCUGCAGCCCAAGCUGCAAUGGCAAGUACCUCCCAGUAACAUUCAACGUCACUGUUGCCAAUCCUUCGGCUGGCCCAGAGUCCUGGACCCAGGAGGUCACUCCAACAUGCACUGAUACUGAUGGACAGGUUACAUGUGUUGCCAACGUCAAGACUGUUCCAUACCUGCCAACAAUCGUCGCCGUGUCGGACAUCUCUACCGCUGAGUUCCAGUGGCCAUACAACUUUGUCUCGACACCAAUCGUGUUGCCACAGACCAUCAAGUCGAUGUACGGUGUGCCCGACAACUACGUAGUUACCAACACCUCGGCCACACAGUGCGUCGUCGAGUUCGAGCAACAGUACUACUCGCCUGCUGACCUCGCCACGUUCUUUGACCAGAUGGGCCUGCCCCAGCCAACUACACCCGUCAGCGUCAUUGGCUACAAUGACGCCACCAACCCAGGCAUCGAAGCCAGCUUGGACAUCCAGUAUAUGAUGGCCGUGUCACCAGGCUCGCCAACCACCUUCUGGUCCAUCUUUGCUAACUCAUCCGCCGAGAUCGACGACAUCCUCCAGUGGGAGAUCGCAGUCGGCAACAUCAACAACCCACCCCUCGUCAACUCCCUAUCCUACGGUAUGACUGAGGAGAACGUCGACCUCUUCCUUGGCAACGGCUACCUCGCUCGCUCCGACAUGGAGUUUGUCAAGUUGGCCUCACGUGGUAUCACCGUCAUCAUUGCCUCGGGUGACUCUGGCGCUGGCGACCUCGGUGGCCCGCCCAUGGGCGCCAGCAACUGUGACACCCUGCACGGUGACUGGCCCUCGCAGUCCCCCUUCGUCACCGCUGUCAGCUCGACCUACUUCACCCCACUGGCCGAGCCCAUCUGCUACCAGCCCCAGUCGUCUGGCGGCAUCGAGUGCCAGGACGGCCCAGUUGGCGAGAUCUCCGUCUCGGUCGACCACGGCAUGAUGUGGACCACUGGUGGAGGCAUCAGUAACACGUCAGCUCGUCCAUGGUACCAGGACACCGUCGUGCCACAGUACUUUGCCACGCUGAACCGUCUCGGACUCACACCCCCAGCCAACCUGUACAACGCAUCCGGUCGCUCGUACCCCGACGUUGCCACCGUGGGCCACGCCCUCUGGAUCAUCAACGGCGGCGAGUUCCUCUCUGUGGACGGCACAUCGGCAUCGGCGCCAAUCUUUGCCGGCCUGGUCACCAUUCUCAACGACAUCAGACUGAACGCUGGCAUGCCCGCACUGGGCUUCCUCAAUCCACUGUUCUACCAAAUUGCCAACGACCAUCCCGACGCCUUCUACGAUGUGAUCGUCGGAAACAACCGUUGUGGAGUCACUGGCUACACACCAACCUGUUGUGAUCAUGGAUGGAGUGCUGUCGAUGGCUUUGACCAGACCUCUGGUUUGGGUCGUCCCAACAUGGCUGUUCUCAUGAAGGUCAUUACCGAAUACUUUUAA